GCCAACAUUUCUUUACCACUUAGUAUCCUUACUCAAUGGAGCAACCAAUUUCCAAGCCCAAGUGGGAAGCCAAGGUGUCAACAAAACUAGCAAAUGCAAGUGCAGACCAAAUAUGGCCAUUUCUUGAAGAUUUCUUUGGCAUACACAAAUAUUUCCCCAGCCUCGCCGCUUCUUACGGCAUCCAUGGAAGCAAUGGAGAGAUUGGAUCGAUUCGAUACUGCGAAGGGUCAUCAAUCCCAUCCCAAGAAACCAAAGAUAACAAAGAGAGAUCAACAGUCAUCAGCUGGUCCAAAGAGCAGUUAACAGCCAUUGACCCUGCUGAAAAGUCCUUGAGCUAUGAGAUUAUUGAUAGCAAUACUGGGUUCCAUUCUUACGUUUCGACCAUUCAGAUCAACAAGAAUCCGAUUCCAGCAGGGGAUAGCACUAUUGUUGGAUCUGGUGAUGAAGAUGGUGGUCGACUAGGAUGUGUUAUUGAGUGGUCAUUUUCAGUUGAUGCUGUUGGAGGCUGGAGAUUAGAAGACUUGGUUAAAAAAUAUGAAGUGGGGCUGCACCGGAUGGCUCAGAAAAUGGAGGAUAUCCUAAACAAUUCUGGGGAAGGUAAAACUUAUAAUUAGCUAUUAUUAUGGUUGUGUACAAGUUUCAUCAAGUGGGUGGUGGUAGGAAUCCACUCUUUUUUUUUUUUUAAGUCAGUCAUUGCUUAUCUACUUUGCAUCUAUUUUUACGUU